AUAGGGUUCGCGAUUUGCUGCGCGAGAAGCUGCUUUCGGUGUUGAUUAGGUGAUAAGAUUAGUUUUCUCGCAAGGAUUUUCUCCAAUAACUUCCUUAUAAGUAUAGUUAAAUAAAUUGUGAAAUCAUGGCUCAACUACCCAAAUUAUCGCGUGCAAUGAGAGUGUCCACCAAUUUGGAUGGCGAGCGCAAUAGUUUCCAGGAUCCGUUGAAGAAAUUCGCUGUGAAAAGGAUUCCCGGCGAUGAGAAUGAAGUCGCGUACAAGGAUGUCACGAGACGCCUCCAGUCGUCCGGCGACUCAAAAUCCUUGACACACCUGCAGAAUCUGUGGCGGAAAGCGAAAGAACUUCUGGGCCCGGAAGAGCCUCCGGAAGUUGUGGACGACGCGGUGAUGUUCAUCCUGAAGCUCCUCUGGGAGGAGACGAAGGUCUCCAUGGAACACGUGAGCGCCAUGAAGAGGAUCUUCGGAGUGUUUUCCAGUCAAGCUGCCAAUAGUUUAUUUGAGUUCGUCAAGGAUCUGAGAUCUUGCCUCAGGGCGGACAACAGAAGCUUCCUGCAGGAGUGCUUCAGCCACAAGACUGCCAAGGCGCUCUGGGGCGCCGCGAUUGAGUGCCAAAUGCCUCAGGCGGAGGCGAUCGACGUUGAGAAUCUCAAGGAAUUGGGCCCGAGCGCCGUCGCCGCCUGCUCGGCGGCUAGUGAGUUCUCCAUGCGCUACGACCACUACGCGCCGGCGGCCAGCGCGGCCGCGACAAACGGUGUGAGCGAGCGCAAGUACACGCGCAAUUGGCUGGCGGAUUUCGUGCCUGUGGAUCUGGUGGAGUCGCUGGUGAACAUGCUGAAGUCCCAGAAGUCCAGCGACGAGCUGCAGAACGAGCUCUUCGACAUGCUGGGCUUCGACAAAUUCGAGGCCAUCCAGGAGAUCCUGCGCAAUCGCCAGGUGAUCGUGAAGCUGGCGGAGAACGAGGAGAAACGGCUGCAGCUGAAGGAGAAGGCGAUCAUGCAGAAGAUCAACAGGCCUCAAGUGGGAAAUCAGGUGAUAAUCCAGUCGGAGAACGAGAAGCAGAUGAUGAAGCAGCUGCGGAAGGAGGAGCAGAAGCUGAAGAAGCUCGCAGCGAAGGUGGACAGUGAGGACUUCAACAUUCCGGAGGAGAUUGAUCCCGCCAAGUUCCGUAUUCUCGGCCAUCAGGCGCUGUCGCACGAGGCCAAAUUCAAUCCGCUGCUGCACGAUCGGCCCAAAGCGAAGCUUCCGGCCAAGUCAGUGAUUCCGCGCUACCCGAACGUCUACGACUCUCAGCUGGAGGCCAAGAGUCACGUGGGCUUCGUGUCGGGCGGGCGGCUGAUGCUGCCGGACAAUGUGGAGCGCAAGGACUCGAAGACGUUCGAGGAAGUGCGCAUUCCGGCGUGCGAUCCGCCGCCGCUGGCGGUGGGAAAUGUGCGCGUGAAGGUGGAGGAUUUGGAUGAGAUCGGGAAGAUCGCCUUCAAGGGCACGAAGGAGUUGAACAGGAUUCAGAGCGUUGUCUAUCCCACGGCUUAUCACAGCAACGACAACAUGUUGGUUUGUGCGCCGACGGGCGCAGGCAAGACGAACGUGGCCAUGCUGGCGAUCGUGCACACGAUCAGGAGCUUCGUGACGGAGGGAAUCAUCGACAGGAGUCAGUUCAAGAUCGUCUACGUGGCGCCAAUGAAGGCGCUGGCCGCCGAGAUGACGGAAAACUUCGGGAAGCGACUGAAGGCGCUAGGAAUUGCCGUGCGUGAGCUGACGGGCGACAUGCAGCUGACGAAGGCGGAGAUGCUGGACACGCAGAUGAUCGUGACGACGCCCGAGAAGUGGGACGUCGUGACGCGCAAAGGCGCCGGCGAUGUGGCGAUGAUCAGUCUGGUGAAGCUGCUGAUCAUCGACGAGGUGCACUUGCUGCACGGCGAACGUGGGCCUGUUGUGGAGGCGCUGGUGGCCAGGACGCUGCGUCUCGUGGAGUCAUCACAGUCCAUGAUUCGCAUCGUGGGCUUGUCCGCCACGCUGCCGAAUUACAUCGACGUGGCGCGCUUCCUGCGCGUCAAUCCCAUGAUUGGGCUGUUCUUCUUCGACUCACGCUUCCGGCCGAUUCCACUCGGUCAGGUGUUCAUCGGCGUGAAGGCGCAGAAGCCGCUGCAGCAGCUCGCGGACAUGGAUCAGAUCUGCUAUGACAAGUGCGUGGAGAUGCUGAAGAAGGGCCAUCAAGUGAUGGUGUUCGUGCACGCGCGCAACGCCACCGUGCGCACGGCCGUGGUGCUGCGUGAGAUGGCGCAGCAGAAGCAGCAGCUGGGCGUGUUCGCGCCGGAGGACACGCCAGAGUACGGCCUGGCUAAGCGCGCCAUCGCCAAGAGUCGCAACAAGCAGCUCGUGGAGCUCUUCCACACCGGCCUGGCGAUGCAUCACGCGGGCAUGCUGCGCACGGACAGAUCGCUGGUGGAGAAGUACUUCGCCGAUGGACACAUUCGCGUGCUCGUGUGCACGGCGACACUGGCGUGGGGCGUGAAUCUGCCCGCGCACGCGGUCAUCAUCAAGGGCACGGAGAUCUACGACUCCAAGCACGGCACAUUCAUCGAUCUCGGCAUCCUCGACGUGCUGCAGAUCUUCGGGCGCGCCGGACGGCCGCAGUUCGACAAGAGCGGCGUCGGCAUGAUCCUCACGUCGCACGACAAGCUGUCGCACUAUCUCAGCCUGCUCACCAAUCAGUUCCCCAUCGAGUCCAACUUCAUCCAGUGCCUGGCGGACAAUCUCAACGCCGAGAUCACGCUGGGCACGAUCUCGAACGUGGACGAGGCCAUCGAGUGGCUCAGCUACACGUACUUGUUCGUGCGCAUGCGCAUCAAUCCGCAGGUCUACGGCAUGAACUACACCGACGUGCAGGCGGACUUCACGCUGGAGCGCAAGCGGCGUGAGCUGAUUCACGCGGCGGCCAUGGCGCUGGACAAGGCGAGGAUGAUCAGAUACAACACGCGCACGCACGAUCUGAACGUGACUGAUCUGGGCAGGACGGCGAGUCACUUCUACGUGAAAUACGACACUGUGGAGGUGUUUAAUGAGAUGAUGAGGCCGCUGAUGACGGAGGCGGAGAUCCUGGAGAUGAUGUCACAUGCGCAGGAGUUCCAGCAGCUGAAAGUGCGUGACGACGAGAUGGACGAGUUGGAUCUGCUCACGCACGAGUACUGUGAAGUUGUGGUGCGCGGAGGAAGUGAGAAUCUGCACGGGAAGGUGAACAUUCUGAUGCAGACUUAUCUCUCGCGGGGCUUCGUGAAGUCCUUCUCGCUGAUCUCAGACAUGUCGUACAUCACGCAGAACGCCGUGCGAAUCGCCCGAGCGCUGUUCACCAUUGUGUUGAGGCAGAACAAUCCCAUCUUGGCGGGAAGAUUGCUGAUGAUGAGCAUAAUGUUUGAGAAGCAAAUGUGGGACUUUGAGACGCCGCUGAGGCAGUUUCACAUCAUUCCGCAGGAUGUGAUUGAGAAGAUUGAGAAUCGAGGAUUGUCCAUUUAUGCCCUGCGCGAGAUGGACAGCAAGGAGAUUGGCGACAUGCUGAGGAAUCACAAGUAUGGCAGCAUGGUGAAGAGGUGUGCUGAGGAGUUUCCCAUUCUGGAGAUUGACGCUUCGCUGCAGCCAAUCACGCGAACUGUGCUGCGAAUCAGGAUCUUCCUCACGGGCAGCUUCAAGUGGAAUGAUCGCGUGCAUGGACGACAUUCGGAGUCGUUCUGGGUGUGGAUUGAGGAUCCCGAGAGUAAUUUCAUCUAUCAUUCGGAGAUUUUCCAGCUGACCAAGAAGCAGGCGAUCACGCGUGAGCCUCAGGAGCUCGUGAUGACAAUUCCGCUGAAGGAUCCUCUGCCGCCACAGUAUUACAUCCGCGUGAGCAGUGACCUGUGGCUGGGCAGUCACACGACGCAUCCGCUAUCCUUCCAACACCUCAUCUUGCCGGAGAUUCAUCCGCCGCACACGGAAUUGCUGCCACUUCAGCCACUUCCCGUGGCGGUGCUGAAGAACCCGAAGUACGAAUCGCUCUUCGCCUUCAGUCACUUCAAUCCCAUCCAGACGCAGAUCUUCCACUGUCUCUAUCACACGGACAACAAUGUGCUGCUGGGCGCGCCCACGGGAUCCGGGAAGACCAUCGCGGCGGAGAUUGCCAUCUUCAGAGUGUUUGAGAAGCAGCCGAAGGCGAAAGUUGUGUACAUUGCACCACUGAAGGCGCUGGUCAGGGAGCGGAUUGAGGAUUGGCGCACGCGACUGGAGCAUCGCCUGGGGAAGAAGGUUGUGGAGCUGACGGGCGAUGUGACGCCAGACAUUCGCGCCAUUCGUGAUGCAACUGUGAUUGUGACGACGCCAGAGAAGUGGGAUGGCAUCAGUCGAUCCUGGCAGACCAGGGAUUAUGUGAAGGAUGUGGCGCUGAUUGUGAUCGAUGAGAUUCACUUGCUGGGCGAGGACAGAGGUCCUGUGCUGGAAGUGAUUGUCUCCCGGACGAACUUCAUCUCGAAUCACACAGAGCGCAAUUUGCGCAUCAUUGGCUUAUCCACGGCGCUGGCGAAUGCCAAGGAUCUGGCCAAUUGGCUGGGCAUUGAGCAGAUGGGAUUGUACAACUUCAAGCCAUCCGUGCGUCCUGUUCCGCUGACAGUGCACAUCAGUGGCUAUCCUGGCAAGCACUACUGUCCGCGCAUGGCGACGAUGAACAGGCCAACUUAUCAGGCCAUCCGGCAGUACUCGCCCUGCACGCCGGCUCUGGUCUUCGUCUCCUCCAGGCGACAGACGAGACUCACGGCACUGGACUUGAUCGCCUUUCUGGCCACGGAGGACAAUCCGAAGCAGUUUCUGCACUGUUCGGAGGAUGAAAUGGAGCAAAUCCUGCAGAACAUCCACGAUGCCAAUCUCAAGCUCACGCUGGCCUUCGGCAUUGGGCUGCAUCACGCGGGUCUGCAGGAGAGGGACAGGAAGACGUGCGAAGAACUCUUCCUCAACAGGAAGAUUCAGGUUCUCGUGGCGACGGCGACGCUGGCGUGGGGCGUGAAUCUGCCGGCGCAUCUGGUUGUGAUCAAGGGCACGGAGUACUACGAUGGGAAGCAGAAGCGCUAUGUGGACAUGCCCAUUACGGAUGUGCUGCAGAUGAUGGGCAGAGCCGGAAGACCGCAAUUCGGCAAUGAAGGCAUCGCAGUUGUGCUGGUGCACGAUAUCAAGAAGAAUUUCUACAAGAAAUUCCUCUACGAUCCCUUCCCGGUGGAGUCCAGUCUGCACAAUGUCAUCCCGGAUCACGUGAAUGCGGAGAUUGUGGCUGGGACGGUGCAGACGAAGCAGGGAAUCCUGGAUUAUCUCACGUGGACGUACUUCUUCAGGCGACUGCUCAGGAAUCCCACGUACUACAAUCUGGACUCCAUUGAGCCGGAGGAUGUGAACAGAUAUCUCACCAGUCUGGUGGAGAGUGUGCUGCAGGAGUUGGACGCGGCGGGAUGUGUGGAGUGGAGUCCGGAGGAUCGAUACAUCUAUCCCACGAGUCUGGGCAGGAUUUCCUCCUAUUAUUAUCUCUCGCACAAGACGAUGAAUCACUUCUCCAACUCCCUGGGAGCGCAGCUGAAGAGUGAGGAACUGCUGAGGAUCAUGUGUGACUCCUUUGAGUUCGAUCAGCAGCCGGUGAGACACAAUGAGGACAAGUAUAAUGAGGAACUGUCGCAGAUGUGCAGAUUCUCCGUUCCCGCUUCAAUCUGUGAUUCGCCGCACACGAAAACCUUCCUUCUCAUGCAGGCGCACUUCGGCCGGCUGCCACUGCCCAACGCGGACUAUCACACGGACACGAAGUCCGUUCUGGAUCAGGCCAUCAGGAUCCUGCAGGCCAUGAUUGACGUGUGCGCGGAGAAAGCUUGGCUGGCUUCGGCGCUGAGAGUGCAGGAAUUGAUGCAGAGCGUCAUCCAGGCGCGCUGGUUCGACGAUUCUCCACUCACUUGUCUGCCCUUCGUGGAGGAGCAUCACGUGGCCAUGUUCGACAGGACGGAGGGCUUUGCGGGCUGCGGUGGGAUGUCUCUGCCGGUGCUGCGAGAGCGCUUCGUGAGGAAGUUCGAAUUGGUGGCGUCGCCGCUGAGAGAUGGAUUUCUGGAGAGGGAAAUUGAAGAGAUUCAUCGAGUACUCAAGGAUUUGCCUGUGAUUAGUGUCAAUCUUGCCCUUCAAGGUCCCCAUCUGGACGAUCCACAGGCGGACAGGACAAUUGUGCAGCCGCAGAAGCGCGAUUCCUGGCUGGAGAUUCACGCCGGCGAGGAAUACACGCUGGCCAUCAACUUUCAUCGGCUGGGAGCGAAGCAGGGCAGCAGCAUUUACUGUCCCAAAUUCCCCAAGGGCAAGGAUGAGGGAUGGUUCCUCACGCUGGGCUGUCAGAAUGACCAGGAGUUGAUCGCCCUGAAGAGAGCCGCUUUCAGAGGAUCACGCUCGACGCAGUAUCUCGUCUUUGACGCCCCAAAGCGUCAGGGAAGAGUGAUCUACACACUCUAUCUGGUCUCAGACUGCUUCAUGGGUCUGGAUCAGCAGUUCGAUGUGCAGCUGGAAGUGAUUCCAGGCACUGGGAAGAGGGAAGAUGAAGCGUAUGCAGAGAAUUACGCUAGAUUUCUAGCAGAGAAAGAUGUCUAAU